AUGGCACAUUGGUUUCAUCGUAAUGUAUUAAAAGCAACAACAAAUCAAAAAUUUGAAUUAAAAAUAGCUAAUCCAACUGAUGCUACAAGAAAACUGUGCAGUGAUUUAAAACUAUCAAGAAUUCGUCUUUUAGAUGUAAUAAAAAAUCCAAAUAAUUCCAGUGAUACCAUAGAACCAGCUUUUCAUAGCUAUUUAAGUUUAUUAUAUGGAUUUAUAUGGGAAAUAAAUUCAGUAGCGGAACAAGAUCAACAUGUUGGCAGGCCGAAUCCUAGUAAACUCAGAAAUGUUGUUAUAUAUAAGUGGACACAGACAUUAUUGGGAACAAACACUUAUUCUAGUGCUGAUUCUGUUUAUGAAGCAGCUAAUAUGAGUGUAAAUGUAGGACUUUGGUUUAUGAAACAUGCUGCAAUGUUAGCUGCUAAAGAUGACAUAAAUAUGAAUGAAGCAAAAGAUGUACAUACAAUGCUAAGAAGGGCUGCAGGAAUAUUUACUUUUGUACAAACAGAAUUUUUACCACAAUUGGCAAAUCCUCCACCAUUAGGAAGUGAUUUAGAUCCACGAAUAUUAAAUGCAUACGUGAAUCAGUGUACAGCAGAAGCACAAGAAGUGACUGUAGCAAGAGCAGUGGAACUAAAACAUAAUGCCAAUUUAAUAUCAGCUUUGGCUAAUGAAACAAGUAAAUUAUUUCUGGAUGCAGCUAAUACAUUACGUUCGUUUAAAGCAGAAAUAACAGGUCAAUGGAUUAAAUAUUUAGAAUUUAAAGCAGCAUUUUAUCAAUCUUAUGCUUAUAAUUAUUGUGGCGAAAAUUUAUUGGCUAUGGAUAAAUGUGGGGAAGCAAUUAAAGCUUUACAAGAAAGUGAAGCUUGCUUAAAAAAGGCGAAAAUAUUAUGUCAAGAGUAUGGAAAAAUAAAUGGUCCGGCACCUAAAAUAAAGCCAGAUGAACAUACUGUAUUCAAAAGAUUAGCCCCUAUAGUAAAACUUACUCUCGACAAAUGUAACAGAGAGAACGGUUUAAUUUACCAUCAUAAAAUACCAGGAGAAAUUCCAGUAUUAGAUACCAAAGCCACGUUCGGUUUAGUGAGUCCUAUCGAUUUUCAAAUGCAAUCAUAUCAUCCUGUAUGGAAUUUGGAUGUAUAUAAAACAUUAUCAGGCUUAACUUCGGCAAAAGUUGAAAAAGAACAAAAUUUACCUCCUGUCAAGGAGGAUGCAAUUCAUCACAGUACUAAAGACCCUAAAAAUGCAAGUGGUUGUAUAUUACAAUAGGCUUCGCUAAUGCAGCAAUAUGAGUAGUAAAUUAAAUUUACUACUUUUUUAUUCUAAUAAUUUUAAAUGUUACUAUAACAUUAAAAGCUUAAUUUAUUUAAAA